GUAAGGUCGGCGGGAGAAUCAAUAUUACUUUUCGCCGGCGACUCGCCAUUUUCGUCGUAAAAUUUUUCGUGAGCAACGGAACACACGUCAUACGUAGUUUUACUCGACAGUGAACCAGUCUCUGCGAUGUUGAGCUCUUAAGAAAUCAACUGCCGCAACGUUCAGCUACGAUGUAGCACUAAAACCGAGUGCGAACGGCCGUCUUUCUGCUUUAGCCAAAGUUUCUUUUCAUCGCUUUUACCGCAGUGUCUAUAUUUCAUUUUCUCCAUAUCACGAACUAACUUUUCAAGCAAUUUAACAAUAUCAAUAUCGUACAAACAUCACGGACUGGAUCUAUUAAAACAGCAAAAGAAUUAUUAUUGCUGUUUGUGUAAACAUAAAGUGAUCGAAAUAAGUAAAAUCAAAUUAUCAAUUCGACCAAUACGAACCAACUAAGUUACAUCAGUGAAACACAUCAGCUGAUUGAAAUUGUCAAGAGCAACGUCGACUGGAAGAACUCUAGUGACAUCAUUGGAGAUGAAGAAGAGCUUUGUUCCAAGAGACAAGUCUAAUUAAUUAAUAUCAGAAGAGUUAAACCACAAUUCUUCAGAUAUCUUUUCUCAGGGAAACUGAAGUUAACAAAACAGAGGAGACUAAUCUUUUGAAAUAUUACAUUACUUUAAAGAAUAGUCACUGAGAGGAUCGAUAAAGAGGAAAAAGGUUCGGUUAAGGUAAGAACUCCAUAGUUGGAGUGACCUAAAACAAUCCAUUGUUACGAACGAUCUUCUAUGCGGCAAGAAUCCAAAAACGGUCUGAAGAUCAGGCCACCGGGUGACCACAGUGUACAUCACAGUGGGGUCAUGCUUGAAGAAGACAUGGCUGGCGCUCAGGAUACGAUAUACCUGUGCAACUUCCGUGUUUCUGUCGACGGCGAGUGGCUGUGCCUGAAAGAGCUUCAGGAUGUCGAGUUCUCGUUGCAGGAGUCGAUGCAACGUUCACCAUCGCCACCGCUCGCUCUCAGUGGUAUUAACCAUCAUCAUCAUCAUCAUCAUCAUAAUGAUCAUCAUCGUCAGCAACAGCUUCCCGAUCAGCGAGAGCUUCGCGAUAUAAUGCCGCCAAGCCCACCGCCAUUGCAGCACGUUUCCAGCUUGUCACGCGAUCCAGUCAUCAUCGAGAGGAGUAAUCUUGUGAAUAUUUCGAAAUUAAUCGUGAAGGAGCUGAUCGAAACGUCUUUGAAGUAUGGUCGGAUGCUUGAUUCUGAUCAUAUGCCAUUGCAACAUUUUUUCAUCGUUCUUGAACACGUGCUUAGGCAUGGUUUACGACCAAAGAAGGGUCUACUUGGACCCAAGAAGGAGCUUUGGGAUAUACUUCAGCUCGUUGAGAAAUAUUGUUCCGAAGCACAGGACAUUACGUCCAGUAUUCGUGAUCUACCUACUGUUAGGACUGCAAUGGGUAGAGCGCGAGCAUGGUUGCGUAUGGCGUUAAUGCAGAAAAAGCUAGCGGACUACUUGAAAGUUUUAAUCGACCACAAGGAAGAUAUAUUGUCCGAGUAUUUCGAGCCUGACGCUCUGAUGAUGAGCGAGGAGGCAAUCGUUAUAAUGGGCUUGUUGGUGGGAUUGAACGUAAUCGACUGCAACUUCUGUGUAAAGGAAGAAGACCUCGAUUGUCAACAAGGUGUGAUCGAUUUCUCGCUAUACCUGCGAAACAGCAAUCAUAUACCUGGUGAAUCUCCAGACGACGAGCUUGAAAAUGAUAACAUGACAACUGUCCUCGACCAGAAAAAUUACAUCGAGGAACUAAACCGACAUUUAAACGCAACUGUGACAAACCUACAAGCCAAAGUGGAAUCCUUAACAACGACAAACGCUCUUAUGAAGGAGGACCUGUCUAUCGCUAAAAAUAACAUUCUGUCGCUUCACGAGGAGAAUAGACAAUUGAAAAAAGAGUUGGGAAUCGAAAUCAAAGACACGAACGAGAAUGGGAAACCACCAAUCAAAAUUACUGAAACGACGACAGAGAUCGAGGAGUUGAGAAGUAGGCUAGAUGCUGAAAAGAAAUUACGGCAGGAUGUAGAAAAGGAAUUAGAAUUACAGAUUAGUAUGAAGUCAGAAAUGGAAGUGGCUAUGAAGCUGUUGGAGAAAGAUAUUCACGAGAAACAAGAUACGAUCAUAUCGUUACGACGACAGCUCGACGAGAUCAAGUUAAUUAACUUGGAAAUGUAUAAAAAGCUACAGGAGUGCGAAGGCUCGCUUAAGCAUAAAACAGAACUGAUCACUAAAUUGGAGGCUAAGACGCUAUCGAUGACUGAAACCAUCCAGAAAAUGGAUGAAAAGUGCAAGGAAAUGGACGACGUGAAAUCAGAUGCAGUAGAGAGGGUGAGGAUUUUGGGAGCUGAAGCUGCCGAGAGAGAAGCGAGGGCGAACGGGGUCGAGAGGGAAUUGCGACUCGAACGCGAAUGGAGAACCUCCUUACAGGAAGCAUCGAUCUCUAGCGCGGAGAAGAUCUCUCAAUUACAUCAGGAGAUCGAUCAGUUGAGGCGGGUGUCCGAGAAAUACCUGGCGCUGCAGGAGGAACAUUACGCGUUGAAGGAGAUCUGCACCGAACAGGAACGGACUCUGGAGGAACUUGGGGGACAAUUGAGCACGGCGAAAUUGGCGGCCGUGGAAUUACGCGAGGCCGCUGACAACGCUCACCAGCAGCAGAACCAGCAGCAGCAAGAGGGUGCAGCGACCUGGGCGAACGAUCGACUGGUCACCCAAUGCAAGAGCUGCAACCGAGAGUUCAACAUCACUCGUCGCAAGCACCAUUGUCGAAACUGCGGCAAAAUCUUUUGUCAUGCCUGUAGCGACAACACCACAGCCCUGCCGAGUUCGACGAAACCUGUUCGCGUUUGUGACGAAUGUUACGUGUUUCUGGUCGGCCGUUACUCGGAUGCACGCUAACAGUAACAUCGUGUGACUGGUUGUCCAUCGGUCAGGCAACACGAACUGUUCGUUCAAGGUAGCCAGUCGAGCAACGAAGCCGAGAACGAGAAGAAUGGAAGAAAAAGAUCUGUUCCACACAUAUACUUACAUCACACACGUACACGAUGCCUCGAAGGCUGCUUCCUUGGGCAUCGAACCUUAUUCGAAGCUGCACGAAUUUUCCAUUCGACGCACGCGGUUGUCCGAAAAAGCUGUCGACGCGACGCUGCCUCGCCUCGCGUCCAAUUCCUUUCAUCCCAAUAUCAUCCAGGCGACGUUUUGUAAAAGAUUUGCUUGACGCGCUGUGCGGAGCACUGUCGACAUUUUGUUACCCAAUGAAAAGCAUAAUUUUAUGGAAUGGAGCCUUGUGGUUGUUUUUAAGUCAUAUUAGAUGGAGAAAGUGUUUGCACACCAUUAUUGUUUUGAUAUUUAAAUAGUUAUUUAAAUACGCGGUUAAAAUGAAGAAACAAACGGAACUACCAAUUCUACUAUAGCGUGGUUGUCGAAUAUAACAGGGUGAAUCUCAUACUUUAAGCAACACACGUAACGUAACUAUGAAUAUUUAUUUCUUAGAAGAAGCUGAGAAUAUAAAUUUGCUGUGUCUGAUACCAGGAAUACUAGAAAUCUUGAAGACAGAAAAACAAUUUGUUUUUAAAUCGUUUGUUGCUUCUGAAUUUCUCAUUGUUCGUUAUUUUCAUAUUUCUCAUUUUUUAUACAGCAAUUUCUAAUCGUAAUUAUCGAAUCGUAUAUGAAUUGUAACAGUUUGGGUUAAAUUAUUUAACGGUAGGUCCAUUGCCAGAAAGUUUUAUUACUCCCCCUCUCUUUCUCCUGAAGACAAAAAUGAUUACACUACUUGAUGAUAUAAGAUUUGUCAAAUAAGCUGUCGUAAUUACUCACGACUCAAUGAUAAUGUAACAGUUUUAACUUAAAAAUCGAACAGACUUAAGUGAGAAAUUUAGAGGCAAAAAUUGUGAAAUGGUGGAUCGGUAGUAGAAUAUAAAUAUGUGCAAAUACUUUUCGUAAUCGUUCAACUGAAAGUAAUCUCCGUUCUGUUCGUGUGAAAGUACAGUCAGGAGGAGAAGGCUUGAAAACUUUGAAUCGCCAAAUCUUCGCUGUUAGCCAGAUCAAUGAUAAUCAAAAUACAUGCAUGCACAUGUAACAUACGUUACUAUGUUCUUCGGUUUCUCGAAAGUUUAGACGUCCGUUAGUUCCUUUCGCGGUGGACUGUUAUCGAGAGACGCUCUGACGAAUGUUAAUAAACCGAGUAUUUUAUAUUCAGAUAAUUAUAAGUAAAUGCGCCCUCGAAUUCGAGUUGUGAAAAAGAUUUUCGAAACGCGUGCCUGUACAAUGAUAUUUUUUAAAUGUUCUGUAGCGUGAUGGAAAGAUUUUAUGCGAAUAAAAGGCUGGUUUUAUA